GAUCUUGUGGCUGUGCGUUUCCAUAAUAAAGCAGCCGGAGCGGAGAGUAGCGCUCUCUCUCUCUCUCUUCCUUUUCUUUUAAUACUAAUAAUAAUAAUAAUAAUAAUAAUAAAAAGCAGUGGCUCCAGAGGCCACCUUCCCCAGCGACACUGGAAAGCCACAAGCGACCCAGCAGCGGGGCGGCCAGGCUGGGGGGACCCCAGGACGCAGACGCAGCCGGGGCGGUAACGGAGCUGCAGAAGAGCCGGGAGAGCAUGGACGGCCUUGCGGUGGAAGUGCGCGGCUCCAACGGGGCCUUUUACAAGGGAUUUAUUAAAGACCUCCAUGAAGAUUCGGUCACGAUCAUUUUCGAAAACAACUGGCAGCCCGAGAGACAGCUUCCCUUCAGUGAUGUGCGACUACCUCCCCCUGCUGACUAUAACAAAGAUAUCAUCGAGGGAGAGGAGGUGGAGGUGUACUCCAGAGCCAAUGAGCACGAGCCCUGUGGGUGGUGGCUGGCCCGGGUUCGAAUGAUGAAGGGGGAGUUUUAUGUGAUCGAAUACGCAGCCUGUGACGCCACCUACAAUGAGAUUGUGACCCUGGAGCGAAUCCGACCGCUCAACCCCAACAGCUCCGCCAGCUCCAGCAGCUUCCACAAAGUGACCAUCCCAGUGCCGGAGGACCUCCGAGAGACCUGUGCGAACGACUCCAUACACAAAGACUUCAGGAAAGCGAUUGGAGCAAACUGUAUCUUCUACAGCGCCUCCAGCCAUGAACUUAUUGUACUGUCCACGAAUGAAUCUACAGUGAAGCGAGCGAACCUCCUAAGCGACAUGCAUUUCCGCAGCAUUCGAACCAAACUCAUGCUCAUGUCCCGAAACGAAGAGGCAACCAAACAUUUAGAGACGAGCAAGCAGCUGGCAUCGGCAUUCCAAGAGGAGUUUCACGUUCGAGAGGACCUGAUGGGCCUUGCGAUCGGCACGCACGGGGCGAACAUCCAGCAGGCCAGGAGAGUGCCAGGGGUGACGGCCAUCGAGCUGGAGGAAGAGAGUUGCACCUUCCGCAUCUACGGAGAGACCCCAGAAGCAGUGAAGCAGGCUCGAGUUUAUCUGGAGUUUGGAGAGGAUUUUGUCCAAGUGCCCCGCACCCUCGUCGGGAAGGUGAUUGGGAAGAAUGGGAAAGUGAUCCAGGAGAUUGUGGAUAAGUCUGGGGUGGUCCGCGUUCGAAUUGAAGGAGACAAUGACAAAAAACUCCCCCGUGAGGAGGUAGGCAGGCUUGCAGCAGGCGGCAGCCCGAAAGAAGAAGAGGGUAUGGUACCGUUUAUCUUCGUGGGCACCAAGGAGAACAUCAGCAAUGCCCAAGCUCUGCUGGAGUACCACCUUGCCUACCUGCAGGAAGUGGAGCAGCUACGCUUGGAGCGUUUGCAGAUUGAUGAGCAGCUGCGUCAGAUCGGAGUGGGGUUCCGCGCGCCCCCCGGCCGGGGGGAGAGAGGGCCAGGAGGAGACAGGGAGAGGGGCUACCUGACUGACGAGAGCAACUCCUCCCUCCACGGGACACGCACCUACGGGGGGCGGGGCAGGGGCCGACGCACUGCCCCGAACCACAACUCGGGAUACGGUACAAACUCUGAGCUGUCCAACGCCUCUGAGUCCGAGGAGGUGAGCGAGAGGGAGCAGCGUCCUCGCGGAGCAGGAGAUGAGAGACCCAGGCGAGGAGGGAGGGGUCGAGGAGCCACACCCCCAGGGAGGGGUCGGGGAGGACCAGCCAGCCGCCCACAAAACAGCACCAUCAGCUCCGUGCUGCGAGACCCGGACAGUAACCCCUAUUCCCUGCUGGACAGCGCGGUAGAGACCGACCAGACUGCUGACACAGACGCCAGCGAGAGCCAGGCGAACGCGGAGAGGCGCCGCAAGUCUCGCCGCCGCCGCACCGACCAGGAGCCAAGCGUGAUAGACGGAGCGGCAGAGUCAGACUGCCUGUCCGUCAGCGAGAACGGCCUGGAAGAGGGCAGCAAACCCCAACGCAGAAAUCGCAGCCGUCGUCGCCGUAACCGUGGCAACCACGUGGACGGGGGCUCUGCCAGCAGAGACCGCCAGUCCGUGACGGUCGCAGAUUACAUCUCUCGCGCGGAGUCUCAGAGCCGACAGACGCUUCCUCAGAAAGGGCCGGUGGAGAGGACCCUCGAGGAGACCUCGGGCAAACCCCAGGAAAAUGGGGACAGCAGAAGCAGCGACAAGCUAGUGGAGAGCUCGAAGAAAGGCCGCAAAGGUGACAUCCCCCAAACUGAGCAGCCAGCUCUGGUCAACGGGGUCUCCUAAAACAGCACGGGGUCGCGACCCCACAACCCUGUCUCCUUGGCGACCUUACAGCCCUGCUUGCAUUUGCGUUAAUGGAAUAAAACAAUUAAACAUGAAACCGAUACGAAACACAACUACUUGCACAUGCACAACCACGGUCCACUCUAUCUAAAUAGCUAUAAGAAACAAACCUUUAGCAAUCUGUCUUAUCUAUCAGUACUAGUGCGUAUUUAACUAGCUUGCCAAAAGAGCUGAUGGAUAUAUUUUGGUGUUUAAAAUACUUAAACAGAAUGUGACUUUUUUUUUUUUUUUUUUUACUGGACUGGACUUUUUAGCCACGCUCCCUUCGGAGGUGUGUGUGUGUGUGUGUGCGCGUGGAGGGGGCUAACUGCUUGGCAGCGCUACAUUAAGGGAAGCGAAGGCUAUUUAAAAAAUAAAUAAAUAAUACAACUGAUGUCCCAACCUCCUUUUUUGGUUAAAUAA